AUGUUUUUUGUCCUAAAGCUACUCGACUUCACUUAUAUAUUUGCUUCUAUAAUGCAACUAUUAUGUGGGAAGUUGAUGUUACCUGAUGCAUGCGUUGAGGACACGACUGAGAGGAACAGCAUGAUUGGAUACAAAACUCGUAACGAAGAGACAGGCCCGUCUGCUGUAGAUGGCGAUAAACCGCUAGAAGGGCUAGUUGUUGGCAAAACGGUACUCGUAACUAUGGCGUUCAUACGAUUCUGA